CUCUCUGCCUUGCAAACGACUCCUAAUUACCCAGCAAGCCAUACAUGUGCGUCUCCUGCUUGAGGAAUAAAGUGGACAUCUCGGAAGGAAUUCCCAAGCAAGUCACCAUCCAUUUCUGCAGGCAGUGUGAACGGUACCUGCAGCCUCCGGGGACGUGGCUCCAGUGCGCUCUGGAGUCCCGCGAGCUUCUGACUCUGUGCCUUAAGAAACUCAAGGCUUCCAUGGCAAAGGUGAGACUUAUCGAUGCGGGCUUCUUAUGGACGGAGCCGCACUCUAAAAGAAUCAAGAUGAAGCUGACCAUCCAGAAAGAGGUCAUGAAUGGAGCCAUUCUGCAGCAGGUGUUCGUGGUGGAGUUUGUCAUUCAGCCUCAGAUGUGUGAGGAUUGCCAUCGGGUGGAGGCCAAAGACUUCUGGAAAGCAGUCGUGCAAGUCAGACAGAAGACUGUCCACAAAAAGACAUUUUACUACUUGGAGCAGCUGAUUUUGAAGCACAAGCUGCAUCAGAACACAGUGCGCAUCAAAGAGAUUCAUGAGGGCAUUGAUUUUUACUACGCCUCUAAGCAGCACGCUCAGAAGAUGGUGGAUUUCUUGCAGUGCACCGUUCCCUGCAGGUCGAAGGCGUCUCAGCGGUUGAUCUCUCAUGAUGUUCACUCCAAUACCUACAACUACAAAAGCACCUUCUCAAUGGAGAUCGUUCCUGUGUGUAAGGAUAACGUGGUGUGUCUGUCUCCACGGCUCGCCCAGAGUCUGGGAAACAUGGGUCAGGUGUGCGUCUGCAUCCGGGUCACCAGCUCUAUACACAUGAUUGACCCCAACACCCUGCAGAUUGCUGAGGUGGAUGGGAACACGUUCUGGCGUCAUCCGUUCAGCAGUCUGUGUAGCCCGCGGCAGCUGGAGGAGUUCAUGGUCAUGGACAUCGACAUUAUCAGAGAUCAGAAGUUAGGAGCCGGCGCCGGUCUCACGUCCAAUAAGAUCGGAGAUCUGGGGCUGGGUUUUGAUUUUGCCAAUGCCAAUAUCAAUGAUGAGUUCCUCAAUAAGAUGAACCCUCACCAUGUUCCUGAUGUGGUGCUGAUAAAGAAGAGUUACGACCGCAUGAAGCGGGUGAAGAACCGAGUGUGGAAGCUGAGGGAGCUGGACCGAGAGAGAGACGCUACAGACACCGAUGAUGAGAGACAAUACACUGAAUUCCUGGAGGACCUGGAGGAAGAUGAGAUGCUGAGGAAGAACGUCAACAUCUUCAGAGAUGCUUCAAAGAUCCCUGUGGAAAGUGAGACGGAUGAUGACGGCGCUCCCAGGAUCUCUCUGGCGGAGAUGAUGGAGGAUCUGAGCCUGAGCGACUCCACCGGUGGAGCAGGAGCCGAUAUGAUGACUGAUUAAUGAACAACACCACAGAUCAGAGCAGGUGUCAGACGCUUGGGAAGGAUUAAACUAGCCAGACAGCCACGGUUAUUUCUCAUAUUCAUUGCUCAUUUCCUAAUAUGCUGGUGCAGUGAUGCAGUACUAUAAUAAAUAAAAUCAGUGUUUGAAAAAUAAGAGUGAUGGUUGACCCAAAAAUGAAAAUGCUGUCAUUUACUCAUCCUCAUAU